AAACAGUACAUGCAGCUGGCAAUCCGAGAAGGAUGUGGGUCUCCCAUCACUUGCCCUGACAUGUUGUGCCUAAACCAUGGGACCCUGCAGGAAGCUGAGAUUGCCUGUUUGGUACCUGUGGAUCAGUUUCAGCUUUAUCAGAGGUUAAAAUUUGAACGAGAAGUUCACCUGGACCCCCACCGAACGUGGUGUCCUGUUGCAGACUGUCAGACAGUGUGCCCUGUUGCAGCAAGUGACCCAGGACAGCCAGUGCUGGUGGAAUGCCCUUCCUGCCACCUGAAAUUCUGCUCAUGUUGCAAGGAUGCGUGGCACGCCGGGGUCUCCUGCAGAGACAGCCAUCCCAUCGUCCUGCCAUCCGAGCACGGGGCCCUCUUUGGGACAGAUGCAGAAGCCCCCAUUAAGCAGUGCCCAGUGUGCCGAGUUUAUAUCGAACGCAACGAAGGCUGUGCCCAGAUGAUGUGCAAGAACUGCAAACACACGUUUUGCUGGUACUGUCUACAGAACCUGGACAAUGACAUUUUCCUCAGACACUAUGACAAAGGACCAUGCAGGAAUAAGCUGGGCCACUCAAGAGCCUCAGUGAUGUGGAACCGCACACAGGUGGUGGGAAUUCUGGUGGGAUUGGGCAUCAUCGCCUUGGUGACGUCACCACUGCUACUUCUGGCCUCCCCAUGCAUAAUCUGCUGUGUCUGCAAGUCCUGUCGGGGCAAGAAGAAAAAGCACGACCCCUCUACAACCUAAGAAGAUCUCUGCGUGCACGUGCCACAAUCGUCUGGGUUACCUGAGACAGCACAGCGCUAAAGCCCCACUUAGUGAUCUUGCCUCCUUCCCCUCGCCAAACUUUGGAAGUGCCUCUGCGUCCAGACUUUGAACUUGCCUUCCAGCCUCGGCAUCAGAAGAGGCUGAGUCCUGGGUGCAAGUGUUCCAGUGUAACCAGAGCUGCCGCCGCCGCCGCCCCAGGCUGUGCCCGCGGAGCAUGUGGGGAGCUUUGGGGUUGCUCGGGAGGAACUAACAAACCAUUUUAUCAUCUGGACGAUCCCACUGGACUGUUCAUCUUCCAGCCAAAUCCAAGGAGGCUGAGCGAACGUUUAAUAUAAUAAACGUGUUGUCGCGGUUGGCAACAUUCAUGCUAACUGA